UUCUAUCCACUUUUUGGCUAGCGAAUGCAAUUAAUUUCGAUCGACCGGUCAAUUAUAUUGGAUCGGGACGGGGGGACUGACCCAUCCCGAUCCAAUACCCCUAUACAUAAAUUAGAAUAAUACUAAAAGUGAGGCCUUCCCCCCAAAACAACUUAGUUUCAAAUGCGUGAGAUUCUGACCUAGAAAAAAAAAAAAGGUAUGGACAAUUAGAGAGCUCUUGAAACAAUAGUGCUAUCAAUUUGAAUGAAAACCUUGAAAAUAAAAUAAAAGAUAGAAGUAUCGUGUUUCGGAGGAUUCACUUUUAUUAUUGUUUUAAUUUACAUAUAUGGGUAUUGAGUUAGGUGACGUGAGGUCGGGUUGGGUCAUUUUUAUUUUAAUUGAAUUAUUAUUUAUUGGACUGAAAAAAAUACUAUUGGAAAGUUGUGUGUUCCGGUCACUAUGAUUUUUGUGUGAGUUAGUAAAAGUUUUAUGAUUUUUGUGUGCAAAAAACAUAUUUAUAUGACUUUGGUGAAAAAAAGUCAUAGUCAUAUGACCAUUUGUGAAAUUUACCCCAGAAAUAUUGGUAUUUAAGUUGAAUUGAUAAAUAAAUUUUAAUUCUUUAAUGUUGCAACAUACGAGAGUUACGUAGAAUAGUAGUAGUACCUGUACUUUUAGAAGUGUGUUAAAUGUAAAUCUGAAAUCCCCGUUUAAAAGUUUUAUGAAAUCGCCAAUAGAAAGUGUAUUGCAUAAAUUGCCUGUUUUGUCUCUGAAUCUGCUUGUCCUAAUUCAUCGCUCUUUCCCCGCUACUUAACUACUUACUUAAUGGUUCAGAUUGGUUCUGCGGUUGGUGGGACUACAAGUGCAUUCUAUGGGUUCAACCAUGUGAUGCCGAUCGUUAGAAGGUGGAUUAAAGGACCUAUGUGGUUGCAUUUCCUUGUUGGUGCCCCUCCUGUGAUAGUUUUCUCAUCUGCAUGUGCAGGGCUAGCAGGUGGUGCUGUUCCAGCAUUUUCUCAGCUAGCAUCUUCGUCUUACCAUGCCGCGAUUUCAUCUUCCUCGUUACCACCUACUGCUUCACAAGAUGAAAAGAUGAGAAAAUCUAGAACUUCUUCAACUCUGUAGCCUAAACACUAAGGAGAUGUUUUUACUAUCAGUUCCUGUGCAUUCUGCAGAUCAUCUUAGUGGGCUGUAGUCCUCCCUCUCCUGUUUGUUUUACCAGCAGCUUUUGGCUGCAUUUAAGAUUUCUGCUUUGUUCUGGUGAUUUUUUUUUUUCCUUUUGGGAGAAUGUGCAACUUGUCCAUGUAAUGAGUUGUUUGUUUUGUAAAUUCCAACCUUAAAUUUACUGGGGAAGUAGCAAAUUUGCUCUUUAAACGAAGUGUCCAGCUCCAUUGAACUGCAUUUCAGUUGUGAGUCUGAUUAAUAUCAGGAAAAGACAUUUUUUUUGUUAUUAA